AUGAGCGGUAAAAUCAAAUAUUCGGAACGUGUGUAUGAUUCAUGCAUGGAUUCAUUUGAUGCAUUGCCAUUGGCGGCUUUGAUGAAUCAACAGUUUCUGUGCGUGCAUGGUGGCUUGUCGCCUGAGAUUCACACGUUGGAUGACAUUAAAAGGUUGGAUCGCUUCAAAGAGCCACCUGCUUUUGGCCCAAUGUGCGAUCUCCUUUGGUCGGAUCCCCUCGAAGACUUCGGCAGUGAAAGGAACGCUGAGCAAUUCAGUCAUAACUCUGUUCGCGGUUGCUCGUAUUUCUAUAGGUAUGCCGAACUUUAUCACUGAAA